CUCUCUCACACCCUGCUAUCACUCCUGCCAUCUCCCAUCUCCCACUGCCUUCUCAUCCUUCAUCUCUAUCUAUUUUUCAUCGUCUCUUAUUGUUCGGCUUGCUCAUCUCGAGUAAUAGACCUCCUGUUCUUGUCCCUGCACCACCUCGAAGCCAGCUUCCGUACUUGUCAUCAUGAAGGGCCUGGUCCUUUCUCUCCUCCCUCUCCUGGCGGCAGGCUCGCCAAUACUGGUUGACACCAUCCACAAUGAUGCUGCUCCUCUCAUCUCCUCCUCUAACGCAAAGGAGAUCCCCAACUCCUACAUGGUCGUCUUCAAGAAGCACGUCACCGAGCGGGAUGCCUCGGCUCAUCACUCCUGGGUUCAAGAUGUCCAUCUCUCUCGAGAGACGACCAAGCAAGAGCUGCGGAAGCGUAGUCAAGUUCCUUUCUCAGAUGACACCAUCUUUGAGGGCUUGAGACAUACCUACAACAUCCCGGGCGGCUUCUUGGGUUACGCUGGUCACUUUGAUGAAGAUGUCAUCGAAAUGGUCCGCAGGCAUCCAGAUGUCGAUUACAUCGAGCGAGACUCGGAGGUUCACACCCUCAAGGAAUCGCCUUCCCUGGAGAAGAAUGCUCCUUGGGGACUUGCUCGUAUCUCCCACCGUGACGCUUUGAGCUUUGGUGAUUUUAACAAAUACCUCUACUCUGCCGACGGUGGCGAGGGUGUUGAUGCCUAUGUUAUCGAUACUGGCACCAACAUCGAACACGUUGACUUCGAAGGCCGUGCCAGCUGGGGUAAGACAAUCCCCGCUGAUGAUGAGGACAUCGAUGGUAAUGGACACGGUACUCAUUGCUCCGGCACUAUUGCUGGCAAGAAGUUCGGUGUCGCCAAGAAGGCCAACGUUUAUGCUGUCAAGGUCUUGAAGUCCAACGGCAGCGGUACCAUGAGCGAUGUUGUCAAGGGCGUCGAAUGGGCAGCAGAGGCACACUCAAAGACCGUCAGCGCGGCAAAGAAGGGCAAGAAGAAGGGAUUCAAGGGCAGCGUUGCCAACAUGAGCUUGGGUGGUGGCAAAUCCCGACUCCUCGACCUCGCUGUCAACGCAGCUGUUGACGCCGGUCUCCACUUCGCUGUUGCUGCCGGUAACGACAACGCCGACUCUUGUAACUAUUCCCCUGCUGCAGCGGAGAAGGCCAUCACUGUCGGUGCAUCUACCCUGGCGGAUGAGCGAGCAUACUUCUCCAACUACGGUCCCUGCAACGACAUUUUCGCCCCGGGUUUGAAUGUCCUUUCCACCUGGAUUGGCAGCAAGUACGCAACCAACAUCAUCUCUGGUACCUCCAUGGCCUCUCCCCACAUUGCUGGUCUUCUUGCCUACUUUUUGUCUCUUCAACCAGCUAGCGACUCGGCCUACGCUGUUGCAGACAUCACCCCUAAGCAAAUGAAGGCAAACAUGAUUGCUAUUGCUACUGAGGGUGCCUUGGAUAAUGUCCCAGCCGACACAGCCAACAUUCUGGCCUGGAACGGUGGUGGCAAGUCCAACUACUCCGACAUCGUCAACGACGGUGGCUUCGCUGUCAACAAGGGGUUUUCCCCAGAGGAGUAUCUCUCGGAGAAGGCCCACGAACUCAAGGUCGAGCUCAAGCGUGUCGCUGAGGAGCUCGAAGCCCUCAUCGAGAAGGCUUAAAUGGGUGCCUUGCUUUGAUGCUACCUAUUACUGCCUGCUCAUUCUGAAACUGAAUGUUCUGGGAAGGGCAUUGGGAGAGGAGUCAUCAUAAUCACAACACGGUCCCAUCUAUCGGACUACAUGGUUUGGAGAAGUCUCGACGGCCAUUGUUUCAAGGAGCAUAUGGGGAUUUUUGUUUGUACUAGACCUGACCUUCAAGGGUCUCGAUGCUUUUCAACUACAUAGGCCCGUAUCAUUUACUGAGUUGCUAAAGA